GAAGACAGAGCCGCUCAAAUGGAUUCAGGGCUUUGCCUUACUGAACUUGCAGCUCUGUUCCUUUCGCUAAUUGGUUACAUCUGCUGCUUGGUGGCUUUAUUCAUACCUCGCUGGUUGAUUGUCUCGUCAGGUAUGCUUGUCAAUGAAAGCUAUCAACUUGGUUUGUGGCAGACCUGUGCCAUUCAAGAUGUGGGUUCAAGAGUAUGUCAAGAUUUCCAAACUAUCCUUGACUUGCCUCUUCAGAUCCAGUUGGGUCGUGUACUUAUGUGUCUUUCGGUAUCCUGUGGGGUGCUCGGAUUUAUGGUCUCCACACCUGCACUGACCUGUCUGAAGUGUCUUGAUGACCAAGAUAAAUAUGUUCGAAAAAUAGCAAUUAUGAUUGGAGGAGGUCUUUUUUUACUAGCCGGCGCCUCAUCCACCUGUUUUGUAUCCUACUUUGCUUAUGAUGCCUUUGUGAAAUUUUGGAACUUACCCAAAGACAUUCCUCGUUUUGAAUAUGGAAGUGCUAUGUUUUCUGGCUGGACUGGUGGGUUAUUCUUAAUAGCAGGCGGAAGUGUACUCAUUGUUUCCCAUUUCUACAGUGGCCAAGGAGAAACUUCACCAGUGGGUUCAAAUGCUACAACCAUAAACCUUGAAUCUGUCUAAAAGUCUAUUAUUGCUAAUAUUUAUUCCAGAAUUACAUUUUUAUAAUCAAACUGCUUUUACUAUUCAAAUUGUAAAAUAUUUCUUCUCAAUAAAAUGCAGAUAAAUCACAGAAGUGUUACUGUUUUAUCCUUAGAAGUAAAAGGAAUGUCAAGUCACAAAUAAUGUCUUUUCUUUUCCACAUGUGUGCUGUUUUACAAUGAAGGGUAAUCUGGGAAUAAUAGGAGCCUUUGUGUAAGUACUUUACUCACAUGCUUUUUGAAUUAGCCCCCACCCCUCAGCAAGCCCAAGCUGUAGGCAUAGCAAUUUCCCAUUCAGCCCAAAUACAUGUAAAAGCCAGAAAAUUCCCACACAAGUUGCAUAUUUGAAUUUGUUUAUUUUUGAUGAUCUUGUAAAAUCAAUAUAUGCUUUGUUACUACAGACCUGGCCUAGAUUGCAUUUGCUAGAAUGUGUAGUUUAUACAGAAAAUGUUUCUCGGGUUAGAGAAAUUAAUUUGUCUAGCUCUGAAAAUGAUGAGGCAAGAAAAUAAAUAAAUAAAAAAAAGAUGACUUGUUUGGACUUGUUUGCAGUGAAAUGAUUAUAUUUUUAAUAGUCGUACCAUUUGAGAUUUCAUAGAACUCUGUAUAUCAAAUAUACCUACACCAUAUAAUCAGCAAAUUAUAUCAGUAUGGUGCAUUUGUAGUCCAAAAGUUAUUAUACAUACAUACAUGCAUAGCCAUACCUUUACAUGGUUGAA